AUGAGUCUAUUUUUGAAGCUACCUGAGGAGAUAUUCCACCUGGCGUUAUCGUUUGUUGAUAUCCCUUCAGUUUGUCGACUAUACGUGGCAUUGGCUCCUCGCCACGGCCAAAUGGUGGCGGACUAUCUCGCCAAUAAAACCAUUUGUGUAAGUCCCAACGCAUUGGUAACGGGUGAUCCUGACUAUAUUGGGUUUGCUUUACUUGAACAGCUCCCGCCUUGUCACGUUAAAGUGGUAUUGCCCGUGUUUUCACACCAGCUUGUUCCCGAAUGGUUUAAGCGCCGCCGCUUCACGCUGGUCCACGUGGUCCUCGAGGGAAAUCCACCACUGAUGCCUUUUGAUUUGAACUCGUGGCAAAUGCAUAUCGACACGUUGGAAGUGGUGGGGUUUGGCAAAGAAUUUGAGUACCACUGUGGUGACGACGAAACCCGAGUUAUCCUCAAAGAGUGCGAUAAAUUCUCAAUUACUGGGGGGUCCAUCACAUCAUUUGAGGUGUUCAAUGAUGAAGUAGACCCGGAAGAGAUUGGGUUAGUUCCUUUACUGACCCAGAAGCUUAUUCUCCCCAUUGGUACUGCCUACAAUGCCACUGAGCUCUCUAACUUAAAACAUGUGGAUGGAGGCAGUAUUUAUAAUGUUCCUUGGUCACAGCUACAAGUGUACAGUGGUACUUCAGCCCCUCAAGUGUCCCAUUUGCCGGAAUUGCGAGAAUUCAACAGUGUGAUUAAUGACGAUUCGUUCACGUUCAAAAGCAAAAACUGUCCAAAACUCGAGAAAGUGGCGUUACGACAAGCAAUGCACAUCCACGCCUCAACUUCAAAUAUUUCAGAGCUAUUCACGGAGUCGCAAAUGGCUCAAUUGGUGUCGCUUAAGGUGCCCACGUACCUGGUGCUUGACACCACUCCCUUGAUCAAUUUACAAGAAUUGCGUAUGAGAACAGAUGCAGUCAUUACUGAACGACUUCCUUUACCGCCAUCAGUAACCACAUUACAGGUUUACUCGCAAUGGCUGGUGGAGGGUAUCCCCGCUCAACUCAAAACCUUUUUAUUUUUUGGCGAUGGCGAUGAGUGUCAUGUUUCGGUUAACUCAGCCAAUCUACAAUACUUUGAUGCCUGUUUCGCUGGUGACGUAUCUCUUGAUUGUCCUCGACUUACCCGAUUAUCAAUGUCUUCCAUAAUCAGCAUUUUGAGGCUUAACACGCCUAACUUGGUAUCUUUGACGUUUAAUUCGGCUACUACCUUCCCCUUUGACAAAAACCACUUUCCGAUGCUUGCUCAUUUAAGCUUGGGGGAUUCCCGAACUGAACUUCAUUUGAAACAACAUUUGAAGACAGCAGACUUAAGCUUUAUGAGGUUACAAUCACUAUCAAUAAUAGCUGAUGAAGUGACUCUUUUAGGGUGUAGAGUUGUUGAGGAACCAAAGAUCUCCGCUCGCAAUAUCACCUUAAAGAGUUGUCUUUUCCCCAAUACUCAUCAAUUUAAUUGUCGGCAAUUACAAUAUUUUUUUGAUGGCUCCAUUCCAUCAAUGUUGCAAAACGUCACCAUAUGGUGGCACCCCUACGACUCCGAAGGCAAACCAUCAAAAUCAGUACCCCCUGACGUGUUUGUUGGGUGUAAGCAUUUACAGUCGGUGACGAUCCAUCUUGCAAUCGUUGACUGGAGCGAAAACAAUCGCCUCAAAAUACCUGCCUCGGUGAAACAAUUACUGCUUGUACACGUCCAAUCUAAAGAGGUGUGGCUUGAAUUUGAAAAUGAGACAACUCUAGACCACUUUGAGUUGGUGGCAUCCGAUGACGAUUUGCCUAAAUGGUCAAUGAGCAGCUUGGGUUUGACGAUAAAGCCACCUUCAUUCAUCAAGCCCCUGUUUCUUUAUUCACAUGGUCAUAUAACUUUCCAACUUAACCGUGGUGAUGAUCUUCACAAUCCUUGA